CAAAUCUACUCCAUGCAUUUUUUAUUUCAUGAAUCAACAAAUUAUAAAAAUUUGAUACUUUUAACAAAAUCUUAAUUUUAGUUUUAAUUUUUUUUUUUUUAUAAUGAAUAGUCGUAAUGAAUGUUCACCUAGAAUUAUAAAAAGAGUAAACACAAAAAAACCAAUAGACAAUGCAGCUAAAUAUGAUUUUUACAGACAAAUUAAUCAUCUAUCUAUUAUGAAGCUAGAUAAUGAAACAGAUAAAUUGAAUUAUUCUUCGUGGUUAACUCGAUUAGAUAAUGAAAAUUCAGAUUUAAAGAUGCAUCUUAUCAAAAUUUUAUUUAUAUCAUUAAGAAGUGAUCGAUCACUUCGAAUGUUUUUAAAACCUCCUCCCGAUGAUCUUAACGAUUUAGAAUUGAUGUCUGAUAAUACAAUGGAAAUGGUUAAAUACUUACAAGAUAAUAAUGUAGCUGAUGAACCUAUAACCAACGAGAAUGACCGAGAACAACUCAAACACAGACGUUUUGCAGCUGUAGCUACAGAUAUGCGUUCUUAUACAACAACUAAAACUGCUCCUUACUUCGUCCAAUCUUUCUAUGUAAGGUCGGACUUCCCAAUUUAUACAUGGUAUAAUCCAACGUCUAUUAAUGUGCCAAGUAAUUUUGAUCAUAACCAAUGGGAGCUAUACUUAAAUCGUUUUCAAAUUUUAACCGAGAGUAAGAAUUUCAAUAGUAAACACAGAAACCGAUGUGAAGAUAUUAUUCCAAUUGACCAAAUAUCAAAAGAAGUUGCAACCGCUUUUAAUUGGCAUCCUUAUAGUAUUCUGGGCAAUGAAGAAAAUAGACCCAAACGAACACCAGCCUUUAUUGAAAUUGAUGUAAAUAUAGCAAACCAACAGUGCAAUCAACAGCAAAUCGAUGAUGCUGCAUUUGCAAUAGUAUAUUGUAAAGUAUUCCCUGGUAACAAGAUUUUAGAACCAAAACUGUAUACUACUACACUAAUCCCGGACGCAAAAUUUAUUUUUAAAAUGACUGGUGUAACAUUAGUUAAUUAUUCAAAUUUCAAGUCAAAAAAAGAAGAACAGCCACCGAGUGGUUGCAAAUUAAAACUAAAAAAACAGAUUACAGAAAAAAGCUCUGAUGAUAAUGACGCAGCAAUCCCGAAACAACAGCCACCACCAACGUGUUUGAAGAAAAAUGCCAUUCAGCGUGGACAAUCCAACCCAGACGUCAGUUGUAGCCUUGUCAAUUUCGAGUUUUCAGACAAGCGCACUGCAGAAGACAGGUCCCGGUUUCUGACGUCUGAGAAGACAGUCAACAACCGUCCAGCGGUAACGCAUGCACUGCCGUCACCACCAUCACCGUCGCUAUCACAGCCACCGCCAUCGCGGCCAUCAACACCAUCACCACCGUCGCGGCCAUCAACGCCAUCACCACCGUCACCGUCUCCAUCAACGCCAUCUCCACCGCCACCAUCAACGCCAUCUCAACCGCUACAGAGAACGCCAUCUCAACCGCCACAGAGAACGCCAUCUCCUCCACCAUCGAGACCACCGACGCCGACGCCGGUCAACGAUUUUCACGCACCAGCCGUCGACUGGAAUCCAGACGUCAGUAGCUAUUCCGCUUUUUCAGACAGGCGCAAUACAGAAGACCCAUCUCGGUUCAUGACGUCCGAGAGGAUAGCCGACGACCGUUCAGCGGAAAUGUGUACACCGCCGUCACCACCGUCGCCGGACAACGAUUAUCGCGCCGACGACGCCGACCAAUCGGAGGACGUCAGCUCUGCCGCUGCGAGCGAUUGGUCCACCGAAACGGGGCCCGAACGAUGCAACUCGAAUAUCUUGCAGACCAGCCAACUCCAUCAGGACGACGACUACGCUAGUUCGUUGUCCACGUUGACGUCGGCCGACAGUUCGAUUGAAAUGCAGCUCGCGGGACGUCGCGAUCCCGACCCGUAUGUGAAUUACGAUCGUCGAACGGACAACUUCGCGCUGGACAACAGUGAUCGAUAUCCGUUCGAUGGCAGAGAGACGUUGAACACUAGCCACGACUUCAGCUUCCAAGACGACUUCAACCGUAGCCCAGACGAAUACACGGCCGACGCCUGGCCGCCCCGUUACAAUCUCGUCGAUGACGUGAGCAUGCCGGGCUCGAUGGUUAUCGGUCCAUGGUCGUUGUCGGGCAACAUGUCCAGAAGUGGCCGAGAUGCGGAAAUCGAUAACUCAAGAAUUCCGGAUCAGUACGAUACGUCUUGUUCGGAGAGUGAUAUCGCGUCGGAGCCGGACGACUAAGACGAUCGCCCGAACAUCUCAAAAUACGAAUGACGACAACACGACGAUACUAGUUUAAAAAAUGGAUUUCAACACAAAUGUUCGAAAAAUAAACUUAAAUAACUUUUAA